GAGAGAGAGAGAGAGAGAGAGAGUAAGAGAGAGAGGUGUUAGGAGUGAGAUAGUGAUGAUGAAACACAUUAGUUUAUGUUAGUGACGGAGGCUCAAAGUCCAUCCUGAACGGUCAGUGCCUCAGAGUGUACACAGGCGUAUUCAGGAGGGAAACACAAACAGAAGUGCCCCGUCGUAUCUCAGGACAGGACAUUUGUACGGUUUAUGUGAUGAUAGAUCUGAGAAAAUGACCUAGUGGACAAUACAUGCUUUCUUUCUUUCUCGCAUGGCCGCUUAGGAACAGGAGGAGAAAAAAAUACGAUAACAUGACGCACCUGCAAAGAACUUUGUGACUUGUGUCCAGUGGCCUGGGGUCCACACUGAAGCCCACCUGGCCUCACUCUGCUGGAUCCCUGGUUUGGCCCAACUGGAACCAGAAUGUACAUCUCCAAAUGUUCAGUGUGGCUGCGGGUGCACUGCGCUACUGCACUGAGGGUGUGUGUGUAUAAGGGUUACAAAAGCCUGGCCCCACUCCUGCCCUGCGGCGCCGCUGUGGUGGUGGUGGUGUUGUACUCGCUGGCAGAUAAACUCCACAGCUUUGUGUGUGGAAUCUUCAUGCCUCAGUACCACUACCCAUACGCAGUGCCUCUCGCCCUCAUACAGAUGCUACUGAACCUCCUGGCACUGGUUGGCCUGCACGCUGCAGGCCUGGUCAUGCUGAAGCCAUUUUCCUUGAGGCUGGCUGAGCGUCUGAUGGUGCCCGCCGUGUGUGGUAGUUUCCAGUCUGUCCUGGCCCUGUGGGCAGAGGCCAGCUCCCACUCCGGUCUUUAUCCCCUCACUGCCCGCCUCCUGCCUGUCCUCAGCCUGGCCUGGAGCCACCUGCUUGCCCUGACCACGUCCAACAACACCCACUUCAACUGCAUUCUGGUUGCUGUCACUUUUAUCUCAGUCACCAUCACAGCACGUGAGGGCCUCUAUACCAUCGAGCCGCUGGAGUACUUGUACUCUCCUCUCAGCCUCUUCCUGCACAGCCUCUCCCUCGCCUGGCUAGCCAAGGUGGCUCAGUCUGAACGAGGACACACCUCCAUCUUUGAUCUUUACUACACCCUGACGGUGACCCGCAGCUUGUUGCUGGGGUUCCUGUGCCUGCUGCACCCGGACAGCCCGCGGGCCAUCACAGACGGCAGCUGGCACAGUCUUCUGUUCCUGGGCUACAUGCUGGGCAUCCUGCUGCUGGGCGCAGUGCAGGUCCUUAUGGUGGACAUUACAGCCCUGAGCCUCUCUGGCAUGGCUGCGGCCCUGCUGCACUCAGCCAGGGGACUCACUCUGCCACUUUACAACCUGCUAUAGCACACACUGUGCAAUCAGAACUAGGAGUGCCUCCUCUCCAGGAUUUCCCUGGAUUAUGGUGGUCUUUCCAGCAAAAAAACCCCAUUUCUGGACAAUCUAAGCAUUUUCAUAUGUUAGGAUUUCUUUAGAACUUCAAACUGCUUCUUUUCAUCUAAGCAAACUGUUGCUUUUGUCCAGUUGUCCAGUAUUGGGACAGUUGCUUCAGAAAGGUGUCCUUUUGGUGAAACCUGAGAAGAUUAGGCUCCCAGCUGGAAAACACAGCACAGACCAGCAUAUCUGGUCACCAGCAAAACCUGUAUAUGUUGUAUUUUGGAUGCUGGUCAACCAGCAUGGCCAUGCUGGGUGAUCAGGUAAACCAGCACCAGACCAGCGUUAGACCAGCUUAAACCAGCAUGGAAUGUAGCAAAAUAUCAAGCCACUGAUCAAGUGUCCAAGAAUUUUGCAGAGCUGAAGUGGCAACCCUAAUCAGAGCAAUGACUCAAGCUCAAGUGUCCAUUCACAUUUCAGCCCGAAGAGCAACACUCACUACACAUGUAGUCAUCAACCAAGACAAGUUUGCGUCUUUAUUUCUAGAGCAAUGAUGCUAAUGUAGCUAACAAGUAAGCUAAUACAGCACAGUAGAGUAAAAUGCAUGCUUAAAACUACA